UCGAACGCGGCGGUCGUCCGUGUGUUGUCAAUUAGCAUGAGAUGUGCUGGCGCGAAAGCGUAGCUAGCACCUGAUAGUGACUCCUAGUUUUGUUAAUUGUGUUGAACGAAUCAUUGUUUUAACACUAAUUCUAUACAUAUUCUGUGACGAAAGAAUACUGUCAUUUAAUUUAAUUAUACUAAUGUGUUGAAGAUAAUAGAGAUGACUAUUACGGAAAAAAACUCACUAGUGCCGCGUGUUGAGAAAAGGGUGAAGUUAAUACCACCGGAUGGAGGUUGGGGUUGGAUGGUGUUGCUGGGAGUCGCCGUGUGUAAUAUAUUUAAUCAGUCUAUGCUGUCACUAUUUAGUUUAUUAUAUGGAGAUCAUUUAGAAGCCAUGGGCCACAAAACAUCAGGAGCGGCUAUCGUCCUAAGUACAAUGUUGUUUGUAACAAAUUUCGGUGGCCCCAUAGCCGGAGCGGUGCUUAAACUGACGUCACCCAGAAUGGUGUCAGUUACUGGUGCAUGUUUAUGCACCUCGGGAAUAUUUUUAAGUGGUUAUUCCACUAAUAUUUAUCAUUUGAUUCUGACUUACGGCGUUUUAUUGGGUAUGGGCUUAGGGUUUGUCCAGAACGCGUCGUUCGUAGCCAUAAACAGCUACUUCAAACUGAAGAAAAGUCGUGCCGUGGGUCUGGCUAACGUGGGCACAGGUGUCGGACAGACUGUAAUGCCCCAUUUAGUGCGAUACCUGCUGGAAAAUUACGGAUUCCAAGGCGCUUGCUUGCUGCUGUCCGGUUUGAGUUUAAACGGGAUUGGUGGAACACUUCUAAUACAACCCGUAGAAUGGCACAUGAAAAAAGUAGAAGAGGACGUUAUUUUAGAUGAAAAGUUGCAUUUAUUACAAACUCAACAUAAAGAUAUUGUCUUAAGGAAAGAUUCUAUCACAAGAAAAGAAAUUUACAGCGGGCUGGGGCGCUCCACUGAAUCGUCUCUAGGGAAAGAAAAGCAAACUGACGCGGAUCAAAAGUUCAGCAGUAAUAAAGAAUUUACCAAUGGCGUCAAGUCAACAGAAAACGGAUUGAAUGGGAAUAACAAUUCCGUCGCAGUAUCGAAGCCAAAGAAGGGUUUAGUUAAGAAGUUGUAUGAUUUAUUCGACAUUUCUCUCUUAUCGAGCCCUCGUUUUAUAAAUAUAAUUAUCGGAACCUCACUGGCGGUAACUUCGAUACAAAAUUUCAGUAUGCUGUAUCCGUUCUUUUUACAGAAAGUUGCUGACAUGGAUAAACAACAGACGGCUAACUGCAUGUCAGCUGUGGCCCUGGCUGACAUUGCAGGCAGGCUGAUAUUGCCCGUUUUCCAGGACAAGUACAGGAUCAAGGCCAGAUGGAUGCUUAUCAUGACCAGUAUAUGGCUCAUUGUUGUAAGGCAGAUAUUGGCAUAUCAAACAAAUCAGAUGGUUCUCCUGGCUAUGUCGUCCAUUUACGGAUUUGGAAGAAGUAUGGUGAUCGUCGCACGGAACAUUGCUAUAUCUGAACAGGUCAGAAUGGACCAAGUGCCAGCCGCCGUAGGCCUGGGCAUGUUGACCAUGGGCAUAAUCGUACCCCCUGCGGGCUAUUUCCUUGGAUGGAUCAGAGACUACACCGGAAGCUUCGUUGCCAGUAUAACAGCACAGAACUUGUUACUGGUGGUCCUUUUAGCUACCUGGAUACCUGAUAUGCUAUUAUUGAGAAAAAAGGAGAAACAAAAGAAGAAGAAAGAACAAGAACUUAUAAGAAUGACGUAACUAGAAUGUAAUUAGAGUUAUUGAAAAUUGCCGAACAAAAUGCAUUGAGAUAUAGAUUGCUACUAGAUAGGAAAAGUAGGCACCUAUGCGGCAGCUUAUAUGAUGAGAUUUAUUAUUUUGAGUCUAGUAGUUAACAAACUAUGUAUUUAUUUCAGUGUGUCCGAGUGUUUUAUGUAAAAAAUACGCCACACGUGCGAAAAAAGUUGCAUUUAUUUAAUUCCUAAUUGAGUUCUUGUAGUUUAAGAAGUAGUUUUAUUUUAUUAUAAAAUCACGGUAACACAGUAUGACGCUAGAUUAUAAAAAAAUAUAAAUGACAAAAGAAAUACUAUUUCUAAUUAUAUUUCAUACAAAGAUGGUUCAUUGAAACCGGCUGUGAAAUUAGUCUGUUCAGUCUAAUUUGUAAGUAAUUAACCUUAUUUGUUUUAUGUGGUGAUACCAGUUGUAUACAAGUCUUAAUAAAUAAAGACUUUAGCAAGUAAAUAGUUAAUCUAGGUAAUGUAUGUGAUGGUAAUUUAGCUAGUCCAAUUUAUGUUUUA